AUGUCUUUUUAUUAUUUUCUGGGUCUGCUGAGUACGAACUGGUUAACAUUGUGGAAGAGUAAGUUACGCUGGUUAAAGAGAGUCCAUGUAGGCCAACUUAUGGGAAUCACCAACUAUAGACCUUCAUGUUCCGAGAUUACAUCAUUCGCAGAACACGAACUGUUUAACGUGUGGAGUGUAAAUUACGCUGAGCAUGAAGUGUUUGAACAUUGUGGAGGUGUAAGUUACGCUGGUUGGA